GACUCCACCGAAAAAAACAAAUCGAGGCGACUGUUUGGAAGCGCCUCCUUUUAGAUGUCAACAAGGAAUGUGCAUGGAUCCUGAAUGGUAGCUCUUAGCAGCAGUUGGUGCUUAAGACGAUCGGAAAACAGCUUGUAGAAGAAAUAACCUGGAUCUGUCCUUUAGUGCCAGGGUGGUCAGAUAUACCCUUUAACCCAAGACAGAUGUGGAUUGAUUGAUACGUCUGUCGUCAAGUCUCACAAUAUCCAUGUGUAUAAUCUUCCUGAAGUUUGAUCCUCGGCCUGCAUCCAAAAAUGCCUACAGGCUGAUUUUGGCUGCAAACAGAGAUGAGUUUUACAACAGACCGUCCAAAGCUGCAGACUUCUGGGGGACCAACAAUGAAAUCCUCAGCGGUCUGGACCAAGAGUAUGGGAAAGAAGGAGGAUCGUGGCUGGGAAUCAGCAAAUGGGGAAAGCUGGCGGCCAUCACAAACUACAUGGAAGGACAUCCGAACCCUAAUGCACAAGGAAGAGGGUUUCUCGUAUCUAACUACCUUAUGGAUAAGGAUGUGGACAGCUACUCCUACCUGAAGAAGGUGUCUGCAGAAGGCCACAUGUACAACGGCUUCAACCUCAUUACAGCUGAGUUCAAAGCCAAACAAGACAUGGUGUGUUACUAUGGCAACAAAGGCAGCUCUGAACCCAUCCGUCUGAAUCCAGCAGGGAUCUAUGGCUUAAGUAAUUCGCUCUUGGAUACCCCGUGGAAGAAGCUGCUGAAAGGCAAGCAGCACUUCACCAGCAUCGUCAGCGACCAGUCCCUGUCCUGCGACGGUCUCGUCCAAGAGCUGCUCAACGUGCUUAAUAAUGAGGAGCUAAACACACCUGAUCCAAUUCAAGAGAAGCAGGGUGACGGUUACAGCCAGUCCAUGAUCCAGGCUCUGUCGGCCGUAUGUGUCCGCUCUCCUCAUUAUGGCACAAGGACCAACACAAUAAUCCUGAUAGAUGCAGAGGGGAACGUCACCUUCACAGAGCGCACAAUGAUCGACUUUGACACAAGCAAAUGGAGCACCAAUUCCUUUCGGUUCAACCUCCAGGCAUGAAGACGAGUUAGAGGAGACCAACUCUGUGCCUUUUCUGCAACAGCUUUUCCUCCGUCGGCCAAUCGACUGCAGCUGCUCUUCCCAGAAAGACUGGCCUGUAGCUGCAAACAUGAACUACCUGUCAUCAAUUUAAUUUAAAAUGCUUCUUUAAAAACAGCUGUAAUAAUCUAGAGAGAAAAUGCCAAAGGACAAUAACAUUUUUAUGAAUAAAAUUGUUUUAUCUACAUGUCACAGAACACACUUGUUUGGAUGCGGGAAUGUCUAACCUGCUGUUUUCUGGUUAUCAUAAAAUCUUCAUGAAAACAUUGAAUCUGUUUGGAGUCAGAUUUUCUAACCUUAAAUAAAACAACAAUUCUUUCAGUUUUAGGACUAAAUGUUAAAAGUGUUGUUUAUUGAUGGAUUUAUUACAUUAGAUUAGAUUACAUUAGCGUAUUCAAGCCAUCUUAGGGAAUCCAAAAACAAAAGAUUUUGAAUGCAAGUUGUUUCAGGUGAUAAUCGUUUGCCAUUGUCUGUUGUUUAUGGGUGAAUUUCCAACUAUUUGACAAGUUAAACGCUUCAUCCAAACACUCAAGCUACCGAAUGGUUGAAAAUGUUUUCGUUCAAAUUAGUUUCACUAAUUGUGGAGUCAUUUCUAAAUUCCAAAUGAUAAAAUGUGAUUUUUAAGAAGUUGGUAUCUCGCAUCAAAGGACCUAUUUUAGUUUUUCUUCAGCAUAAAAAGUGUUUUACAGGCUAUGAAAGCAACAGGGAUAAUUCCACUCAAACCGAACCCAUCAGAGUUGAUCUCCACUGUUUUUGGGAAAUCUUUGAAAC